AGAUAUAGUAGUAUAAAUCAAGAGCUAGCAGAUCCAAGGUGGUGGUUAAUCUGUCAAGCCAUCAAUCAAUCCAUCCAUCAAUCACAUCAACACCUCAUAUCAAAUCAUAGGCCUCUGCAAAAAAAAGAGAAAACUUCAAAAGGGUCAAGAUAAACAAAGACCAUGUCCUCCUCCUCCUUCUCCUCUGGUUCCUCCUUGUUAUCUCCUGACCAUCUCCCUCCUCCACCCUCCGAGAAGCUCUGCUAUGUCCAUUGCAAUAUCUGCGACACUGUCCUAGCUGUGAGUGUUCCUUGCUCAAGUUUGUUCAAGACAGUGACAGUGCGAUGCGGCCACUGCACUAACCUACUGCCAGUAAACAUGCGGGCGCUGCUUCUGCCUUCUGCUAAUCAACUUCACUUGGGCCAUCACUCAUUUUUUCCUCCAGGCCAUCACAACCUUCUGGAAGAGAUGCCAAAUUCGAGCCCAAACUAUCUGAUGAACCAAGCUAAUUUGAAUAUCGGUGACUUCUCUCUAUCAGCUAGAGCUUCUGGUUUCGAUGAAAUUCAUAGGCCUCCAGUAAUUAACAGACCUCCAGAGAAGAGGCAGCGAGUCCCCUCUGCCUACAACCGAUUUAUAAAGGAUGAAAUUCAAAGGAUCAAGGCAGCAAAUCCAGAUAUCAGCCACAGAGAAGCAUUUAGUGCUGCAGCUAAGAAUUGGGCACAUUUUCCUCACAUCCAUUUUGGUCUCAUGACUGGUGAUUCAAAUAAUGCCAAGAAGAACACUACUGUGUGCCAACAGGACAAUGCUGAAGAUAUCCUCAUGAAAGAUGGCUAUUUCCCUUCAGCUAACAUUGGUGUCUCUCCAUACUGAGUGGAAGAAUGCUGCUAAUUCGGUUUUUGUAUAAGCUAGCUAGCUGCACUCCUUUAACCCCCUUCUCCUUUCCUACUGCAAACAAUGUUUCAAUAUAUCAAGUGCGAGUAUAAGAGUGCUAAGAACUUCAAUAUCUAUGUACUGAUCAGUCGAAUUUCUAAUGAAGGAUGGAGCUAUAUUUCAAAA